AUGACCAUCGUCUCCACCUCAGAUCUUAACUUUACUAACUAUGAGUAUGUGCAAUUUUUUGAAACAUUUAAAGACGUCAUAAGCAACAAGUUUCUAAGACCUGUGAGAAACUGGACGACCCCUGUGCAGCUGAACAUCACUUUGACCCUCUAUGAGAUCAUUGGUGUGGAUGAGAAAUCCCACAUUUUGAAAACAUACAUCUGGCUCCGGCAGUUUUGGUAUAAUGAAUUCUUGGUUUGGGACCCAAAAGACUUCAAUGGAUUGGCAAAAGUAUCUAUCCCAGUGGAGAACAUUUGGCGUCCUGACAUCUAUGUCUACGAGUUUGUGGAAGAAGACUUAUCUCCGCAGAUCCCAUACCUGUAUGUGAGAAACACGGGCAGAAUCACUCACGAUAAGCCCUUACGCAUCAUCAGCUCCUGCAACUUGGAUAUCUUCUACUUUCCGUUUGACAUCCAGACAUGCACUUUGUCCUUGGGUUCCUAUUUGCAGACAGCAAAGGAUAUAGUGCUGGACCUGCUUCAAACACCGGAGGAAAUCACUCGCGAAUCAAAAGUCAAUAUCCAGAGCAAAGGAGAGUGGGAACUGCUUUUUAUAGAGGCUCACACAACAACAUGGCAGCUGCAAGGUGAAAACUGGUCCAAAGUCAUCUUUAAGGUACACCCUACUUUUAUUAGCCUUAUGGGAAUUUUGUUCAGGAACCUUUAUGUUCCUCGCUCUUAG